CGAAGAAGAAAACGAAGCGGCUAGUGAGCUAACGCUAGCCUAGCUGCAGGCUUAAUUUAUGGAAAUAUGGCUGCUGUGCUCCCCAUCAGACCGCCCUGCGACAGUAACCCCGCUACUCCUGGAGCACAAUCCAUAAAGGAGGAUGUAAUAGAAGAGGAGUCCAAUGAUGGCAGCCAGCUUCCCAAGAGGAGGAGGAUGGGUUCAGGGGACAGCUCUCGUAGUUGCGACACCUCCAGUCAAGACCUGGGGCUCACAUAUUUCCCAGCUGAGAACCUGACAGAGUACAAGUGGCCUCCAGAUGACACAGGAGAAUAUUACAUGCUGCAGGAGCAGGUCAGCGAGUACUUGGGAGUCACUUCCUUCAAAAGGAAGUACCCUGACAUGGAGAGGAGAGACUUGUCCCACAAAGAGAAGCUUUAUCUGCGUGAACAGAAUGUCAUAACUGAAACACAGUGUACUCUGGGUCUGACAGCUCUGCGGAGUGAUGAGGUCAUAGAUCUAAUGAUAAAGGAGUAUCCCACCAAACACUCCGAGUAUUCAGUCAUACUGCAGGAGAGAGAGCGGCAGAGAAUAGCUAAAGAGUACUCUCAAAUGCAGCAGCAGAACCCUCAGAAGGUUGAGGCCAGCAAGGUCCCUGAGUACAUUAAGAAGGCAGCUAAAAAGGCUGCAGAGUUCAAUAGUAAUUUUAACCGGGAGCGUAUGGAAGAGAGGAGAGCUUACUUUGACCUCCAGACACAUAUUAUCCAGGUGCCCCAGGGCAGGUUCAAGGUGCUCGCACCAGAGCUGACAAGGACAGGGCCUUACCCUGUGGCUCUCAUACCAGGACAGUUCCAAGACUACUACAAAAGGUACUCUCCCAAUGAGCUGCGAUACUUGCCAUUGAACACAGCUCUGUUUGAGCCUCCACUGGAUCCAGAGCUCCCAGCACUGGACUCAGAACCAGACUCUGACGACCCAGAGGAUGGCAAGGGUGACAAAAAGAACAAGAACUCUUCUGACAGUUCUUCAGGAAACACAUCGGACGUGGAGAGCCAGGAGGGAGGACGUAAACCGGGUCACAAGUCCAAGGCCAAAGACAGAACAUCUACGCCGGGCAAAGACGGCAGCCAGCGCCAUUCUGCCUCCCACAAAGCCACCCCAGGGUACAAGCCUAAGGUCAUUCCCAAUGCUAUAUGUGGCAUUUGCCAGAAGGGUAAAGAGGCCAACAGGAGGGGCAAGCCAGAGGCUCUCAUUCACUGCUCCCAAUGUGAUAACAGCGGCCACCCAUCCUGCUUGGACAUGAGUAAGGAGCUGGUGGGUGUGAUCCAGACGUACCGCUGGCAGUGUAUGGAGUGUAAAACGUGCACCGUGUGCCAGCAGCCCCACCAUGAGGACGAGAUGAUGUUCUGUGACAAAUGUGACCGAGGAUACCACACAUUCUGCGUGGGCAUGGACUCCAUACCUACAGGCAUUUGGGUAUGUGAAGUUUGUGACAAAGAUUUCAACACACCCAAGAAGAAGGGAGGAGCCAAAACACCUAAGAAAUCCAAGUCAGCUCAGAAAUGAUCAACAGCAUCAUUAAAAUAAUGUAUGAUGCAUCAUUACAACCAAAUUCUACAAUCUACAGUUUAAUAAUUUGUAGAAGCUAUACGUUUUUAAAACAUCAGAUCGCUGUGAUCUAAAAAUAAACUGUAUCCCUCCUACCAAAUACUAACAAUCCACACUCAAGAUCUUAAUUAUAAGUCUUUAUUGAUUGUCAGGUCUGUAAGUAGACUGGCUAACACUAGAAAACAAACAUCACUCUUUUCUGUGAAAGCUUUGACAGCAGUAAGGUGGGCCUGUAAUUUGAAUCACUAUCAGCUGAAAGAACUUUUAUAUCAUAUCUCCAAAUCAAACUUUAAAUUAUGUAUGUGAUUAUGCUCAAAAAUAAUCCAGAUUAGGCAUUAAUUUUAGCAUAGCAUCUCUUGCCUUUAAUGGUAGAGAACUCCAGAUAUUGUACAUGAAUAUUGUUAACAGCCAAACUGCAAAUCAAAUCCAUCCAAACAUGCUGCACUAAACCCUGUGAUCUGCUAACCACUAACAGUAUCAGUGCAUUCCUACUUCACUCAUGUUGUAGUUUCUGUUUUCAAAUAUUUCUACAGUGGGAAAUUUGUUUCAGUUGAGCAAAUGGUGCUUUGGAUCUGGUACUACUGAAACAUUCAAGAGUUACUUUCAAAACAACAUUUUUCUAUGGUUUUGUAUUUUUUGGUAUUUUUAAUUGACAUUUAUUUAAUGAGGCAGGCCAGUGAAGAGCAAUCUUAUUUAAACAAAGUCACUCUUAAAUAAUGACAUGGUGCUUGUGUUUCUGUGUAAUGAAAUGUAAUGGACACUGGCUGUGGUAGACCUCAUGGCUGCAGCAGGUAUUUAUGUAUAGAGUCUUGAUUGCUGAAGCAAAGUGUUUCACUUUAAAUGUAUUGAUGUUGUUGUCAGCCAUCCACUAUGGAUUAUUAUACAAAAAUGUAACCACUCAUUGUAAUUACAUUGACAUUCAACAUCCAUCAGCUAUAAUUAGUCAAGUGAUA